UUAAUUUGUUAAGGGACCUCAAAUAAUUCACUUACAUAUAUUUUAUUCAGACGUAACAUGUGUAUUUACGUAUAAUGAAUUCCAUUCGUGGGAAGAUGAAACUGUUUGGAUAAAGUUGAAUACAAAUAUCUGUGACUGAACGUGUUUUUCUUUGACAAUUUUAAAACUUUAACCUGCCAUUUUUUGUCAUGCUGCUGGGUACCCACAACUGAUGGAUACAUGAUAUGUGAAAAUUAUUAUACACAUAAUCAUUUUUGCCUUAAAGAUGGAUCAAGUUCUUCUGAGACACAGAUUACUUACGAUAUAAAGUUUUCAAAAUUAUUAAUUUAAUGUUAGUAGUCUUAGUGGAUGGAGCGGUUAAGACAUUGAACAAAUGAAGUUUCAACACAAAUAAUGACACCAAAAAUGGCCCUUAAACCAGGGCCACUUCUCAAUCGCUACAGACAUUUCUUCGUAGGGCUGUUUGUCAUUUUGUUGCUCUCUAUUGCAGUAGUUAUAGUAGUUCAUUACUUACCAACUGGAGUUUAUGAAGGACAUGAGAAGGUUUAUCAGCAGAUUUCAUUAGACAAUCUUGAUAGGGUGCCAGAGGUAGUAAUUGCAACAGAUGCACCACUUUCUGAAGGAAGGAAUCCCCAUUGUAGUUACUAUGACUGUUUUAAUGUGUACCAAUGUGGACACACAGGUAGUAAUAAAAUACAAAUAUAUGUUUAUCCCCUAAAAAAGUAUGUGGAUGGACGAGACAUUCCAGUAGGUAGUCAGAUGUCACGAGAGUUUUAUUUCAUCCUUCAGACAAUAUUAGAGAGCAAAUAUUACACACCAAAUCCAGAAGAAGCAUGCAUUCUUGUGCCUUCAAUUGACACAUUAAAUCAAAACCGUUUUAGGGUUAUGGAGACAUCUGCGGCUUUGGCAUCUUUACCAUACUGGAGGAAUGGGGAAAACCACUUGAUAUUCAGCAUGGUUCCUGGUGCUGUUCCGGACUAUAGCACUGUAGUGGAACUGUCAUUAGGACAUGCCAUUGUGGCAGGAGCUGGCUUCUCCUCCUGGACAUACAGGCCAGGUUUUGAUGUCUCCUUACCAGUCUAUAGUCCAGCAGUGAUGCAACUUAUACCAGACAUCUAUCACAGGUUUGCAAGGCCAUGGUUGGUUGUGUCAAGUCAAAUCAAUCUGCACCCUGAAUAUGAGAGAGAACUGUGGCAUCUGGCUCAGGAUCAUUCAGAAUUACUUUUGCUGGAAGUGUGUACUGAGGAUCGUCAGGGAAACUACAGUUUGAGGUGUCGUGGCAAGGAAGUGUUUCAGUAUCCACAUGUACUUCAGCGUUCCAAGUUUUGUUUAGUGAUUCGAGGGGCAAGACUUGGACAGCCCACACUGUUGGAAGCUCUUGCAGCUGGCUGCAUUCCUAUCAUUUGUGCAGACUCCAUUGUGAUGCCCUUCCAAGAUGUGCUUGACUGGAAAAGAGCAGCUAUAUUUGUCUCAGAAGAUGACUUGGGUAACCUAAUGGAAAUCUUGGCCAUUGUGUCUGAUGAUCGGAUAGCAGAAUUACAGAGACAAGGUAGCUGGCUGUAUGAGCAGUAUCUCUCUUCAAUAAAGGCUAUCACACUUACUACCCUGAAAAUACUCAAUGAUCGAGUCUUCCCCCAAAAUGCCCAUACCUACCAGGACUGGAAUGUGCUUCCAGAACCAAUGGCUGCCAAGUCACCGCUGUUUUUACAGCUUACAGCCCCGCGUUCGCAAGGCUUCACUGCAGUCAUCCUGACAUAUGAUCGUGUAGAAAGCCUAUUUUCACUCAUUCAGAAACUGGUAAAGGCUCCAAGCCUCAACAAAGUUCUGGUAGUAUGGAACAAUCAGCGUAAAGCACCACCACACCCAUCGAUGUGGCCUAAAAUUGGUAAACCAUUGAAGGUGAUCCAGACCAAGGAAAACAAACUCUCAAAUCGUUUUUACCCAUAUGAAGAGAUUGAGACAGAGGCCAUUCUUACAAUUGAUGAUGAUAUUGUGAUGCUGACAGCUGAUGAGCUUGAAUUUGGCUAUGAGGUUUGGCGAGAAUUUCCAGAUCGUAUAGUAGGAUUUCCAUCCCGAACUCAUGUCUGGGAUAAUGCUACACAGCGAUGGAAGUAUGAAUCAGAGUGGACCAAUCAGAUCUCAAUGGUACUUACAGGAGCUGCAUUUCACCAUAAGUAUUGGAGCUAUCUGUACACUACAUCAAUGCCAGGAAAUAUUAAGGAAUGGGUGGAUGAGCACAUGAAUUGUGAGGACAUUGCAAUGAACUUCCUUGUUGCAAAUGUCACAAAUAAGGCUCCAAUUAAGGUUACUCCAAGAAAGAAGUUCAAAUGUCCGGAGUGUACCAAUACAGAAAUGCUGUCGGCAGAUUUAAAUCACAUGAUGGAGAGAUCACAGUGCAUUGACAGGUUUUCUUCUGUCUAUGGUUCAAUGCCUCUCCAAACUGUGGAGUUCCGUGCAGAUCCAGUACUGUAUAGAGACAGCUUCCCAGAGAAACUCAAGAGAUUUAAUGAUAUAGGAAGUUUAUAGGACAGUUUCAAUAACACAGUCUUUGCUGAAGAUUUUCUGAAUUUUUUUAAAAGUUUUUAUGCCACAGGUUACAUCCAACUAGAGCAUACUUUGUUGCUUAACCUUUGUCAGUUGGAAAAAAAGAAAUCAUUUCUUGUAAUACGUAUUUGUAAUUGGUCUCAUGGGACCAUAUUGUUCUGUCAUGUCAUGACAUUAUUAACAGUUCUGUGUAGCCUCAAGAGCAGAUCAUUGUGGAUCUAAAAUGCUUUUAUGGGCUUCAUAUAGAUACCUUUGUAAUUAAAUUGUCCACUUCAGUGGCCACUUUGCUUACUAACAUCUCCCUGAAGGUCAUAAAAGUCUAGAAAUAUUUAUAGCUCUCUUCAAGCAGCAAUUUUUCUCCUUUUCUUUUUGCACAUAAAAUGUCUGAAACAGGCAGAAGUAUCUAAAGAUGCAUCAGAAACACCUGUGCAUAUCUCCUCAUCCCUUCCAUAAAAUCCACGCUCACUUAGCUUACAUAUUUAAUCAGGAUACUGAAAUUAGAAACAAAUUAGUAAUGUAAUGCAAAUUAUUAUGUUGUAGAGUGUAUUGUCAGUCCUUAAAAAUGCAAUUUAGUGUGAUUCAACUUGAAGAAAUUUAUCUUCAUCUGAGAGUGAGACUGAAGUUAAGAUAGGAACAACAGGUUAGGAAAGAUAUCAUACAGAGAGAAGGAAGGCUGUAGAAUGACAUUGGAGGAGGGGAGGAGUAUUCACAGGAAGAUGUGUAAACAGAGAGGGCAUGGUUAUCAGAUGACAUACUUAAAGUGGAGUCGUCAUAGGAAGAGGAAGUGCCAGUGAAAAAUGUUUUAUGGGUAUGGUAAUGUGAAUGAGUUAAUAAUGUAUGAAACUCUAAUGUAAUUUUUGUGUUAUGGGCCAUUGUACAUAAUAUUUUUAUCUUAAUUUUAUACAUAGUAUAUAAUAUUUGUUACUUAAGUAAA